AUGUGGGCAAAGACGUUUGUUGCCGCUUCCCUGCUGGUUGGCGCCGCGCACGCCGUCCCGGCGGUUGCGCCCACGACUGAUCUCGAGGGCCGUACCCACGGCGGAGGUUGGCCUGGCAGCUGGCCCAACCAUAGCCGUGCCGUGUACGACUGGCCGCUGGACUGGGAUCCUCUUGGCUUCGUGUCCAAGGCCAGUCUCGGCAGCCCGCGGUUCGAGUACAAGGUGUUUGUCGACUGGACUUGGAUCAGCCACAUCGUAACAACGCCCAAGUGCUACAACCAGUGGGACCCAAGCCUCUGCCUGCACAAGGACCAGGUUUACUGGGAUCCCCGCAAGUCCAGCUCGUUCAAGAACUUGACGAGCGUGUACCAGGACCGGACGUGGAAGCCGAACCACUUCUUCAUGGAGAACCCAAUGCACAUCAGAUACGGCGCUGAUGUGCUGCACAUUGGGCCGGUUAGCAGCCGAUCCGUCCUGCAGCUGACGGACCUGACCUUCAACGCGUCCCAACUUGGCUUCGCCUACCCCUUCACUGGCAUCUUUGGCAUGUCUCCCGUGUACAAGGGUGACAAAGCCGACUACCAGUCUGCCUUCUACCAGCAGUGGAAGAACGGCGACUGGCGGAGCGCGUUGACCGGAUUCGUGUACUGCUAUGAGGAGGGCCGGAAGAAUGUUUGCAACGGGCAUGACGGCAUCCAGACCAUGGGUGGCAUCCGCCACGAUCUCAUCGACAGAGGCAAGAUCUGGUGGUACAACGUCAAGGUGUAUCCUGAUGUCAAUGAGCUCGCCUUCGUGUACAACCCGGGGAUGUACAACUACUGGGGCAUCGAGUUAGACGGCCUGAAGAUCGGUAAGGAGUGGCAAAAGAUUGAGCCAACGUCGAACAAGUCUGGGAAGGGCGCCAUCUUCGACCACGCCAGCUAUGGCCGCGGCAUACCCCUGACUCCGAAUGCCUAUGCUCGGCUCGCGCAGAUCACCCAGGCCAAGCCGGCCGACCUCAAGAACCCGCCAAACAACGGGCCGCAGAAGUUUUUCUCGGUUGACUGCUCCAAGAUCGACUCGUUUCCCACCAUCAAGUACAAGUUUGCCGGCCACCGCCGCGAGUGGGAGGUGACUCCCAAGAUGUACGUUGAGAAGCUGCAAGACGGCCAGUGCGUGCUCAACGUGCGAGCUCUCGCCAGCGGUGACAGGUUCAUCGGCAACUUUGGCGAGACCUUUGCCAAGGAAAAGUACAUUGUGCUCGAUUUUGCGAAGAACCGCGUGGGAAUUGCCGACAUCAAGUGGCCGCGAUCGUAA